AUGGCAUCCUCAAGUGAAAAGCGUAAGUAUCCUUCUCGUCUCUAUGAAGAAGGGAAAUCUCCGUUACAAAAUAGAAGCAUUAACCAUAACUGCUUCAGAGCUAAAUUUGCAAUCAUAAAAGAUGGAUUAGGAGACGAUGUUUGGUCAGAUUUGAGGGAUUCAUCUGUUGGAGUGUUUAUCAAGUUUGCUGUUGAAUGA